AUGGCUCCCAAGGGAAAACCUGCAGCUGACAAGAAGAAGGCAGAACCUCCACCACCACCGCCGCCGCCGCCGCCGCCGCCACCCCCUCCAGAUUAUCAGAUGAUCACUGAACCAAAACAUCAUCUUGAAGACCCACUGAUCAGGCUCCGGACCACAAUGGCCACCUCGCUCAGACGUCCUAAACUCAAUUAUGAAAAUGCCAUAAAGGUAUCACAGCAUGUAACGACACUGCCGGAAAAGUUAGAAGGAGCUCAAAAGGACUAUGCGGAGCGGAAAAAAAAGUACCAAUCUUUCUUCAGACAGCCUCCUCCUAAGAAAGGUACAUCUUCCAGAUCUGCUGGCAACUGGGAAACUUUUGGGGGGAGUCUCUACUACAUUUCGAAAGGGAAAAAGACCUGGUACGAUGCUGAGAACUUCUGCAUGUCCAGAGAUGCCCACUUGGCCUCCAUCCUAAGUGACGAAGAACAGAACUACAUCACCUCUCAGCUCAGUCAUCCUGCCUGGAUUGGCCUUACAGAUGAAACUGAGGAAGGCAAUUGGGAAUGGACAGAUGGCUCCAGAUUAAUAAAACAGUAUUGGUCUGAUGGUAAGCCCACCCGCUCAGAACGCCACGGAGAAGUGGAGCAUGACUGCACCUCCAUCAUGCCUUCAUCUAAAGGAUAUAAUUGGAAAGAUGCCUACUGCCAUGAACUUCACAGAUGGGUUUGUAAAGAGAUCCUAGAUGUCAAAGAACCAUAA